GACAGUGGGUGGGCGCUGUUGCGAAUCCACAACUUGAUUGUUAACGUGAACAAACUAAAUCCCAUGCACGCGGGAUGUCACGUUGAGGUGCCGCGAGAAAUAGCGGCGAAACGAGCGGUGAUCAGUGUGCGUACGACGGACAAUGCGUGCUUCGCGUGGUCAGUGGUCGCCGCUCUGUACCCGGCCGAAAAGUAUACGGAGCGAGAAUCGUCGUACCCGCAUUACACAACUGUGCUAAAUUUUGCGGGUAUCGAGUUUCCAAUGACACUAAAAGACAUUAACAAAUUCGAACAAUUGAACGUGAUGUCGAUCAACGUAUACGGCAUCGAGAACAAACAGACCCUUCCUCUACGGCUCACCAGCGAUAAGAAGGAGAAGUAUAUCAAUCUCCUGUAUCUGCAAGAUCCGUGCGACGACAAUGUGGGUCAUUUCGCAUGGAUCAAGAACCUGUCGCGCCUUGUGAGAUCACAACUUACCAGGAAAAAGGUUAAGAAAUAUUUCUGCGAUCGAUGCUUGCACUACUUUAGUACGAGCGAAAAAUUGCAGUCGCACGAAGUGGACUGCCAAAAACUGAACGAUUGCGCCAUCCGCCUGCCGAGCGAGAACGAUAGGUGGCUCGAAUUCAGCAACCACCGCAACCAGGAACGAGUGCCGUUCGUCAUCUACGCUGACCUGGAGUGUGUCCUGCGGAAGACAGAGCCCGACAAGGUAGACGUGUCAACAUCGUACGCGUAUCAGCGGCACAAGAUCAUGUACACGGACACGGACAGUCUUAUAUACCGCGUCAAAUGCGAGGACGUUUACGAGACUAUGAAACGCGAUAUCGCUAGAUUCGACACUAGCGAUUAUCCAACAGAUAACGCAUACGAUAUGCCUCUCGCGAACAAAAAGGUACCAGGUCUGAUGAAGGACGAAAAUAAUGGUGCGAUAAUGACCGAAUUC